GCUUAUAAGGCAUUUAACCUCUGACAGCCACACUGUAAACAUCUGCUUAGAGCUGCCUCUGUGGCUCACUUGAGAGGAAGCUCUUUAGGCUGCUGUUUUAUGCGUCUUUUUCUUAGUGAAGUAUUAUAAAAAUCUUCUGUAAGAUAAUGAAUCUGAUGAGUUGUGUGAUUUUGAGCCUCACUGUUUUGGGGACUGUGUGGUUGUGUUCCCUCCCUUGGCUCUGCACCCUGUUAACAGGGCUGGGACUCUUCAUUGCAUGGAUGGGAUCCUGGAAGAACAUUCGUAUUUUUCUGCACACCAUCAAGAGAGAUUUAUUGUGUUUGGCUAUCAUUGUGCGGGUGAGGUUUUCUAUGUAUCGUAAUCUGCGAAAUAGAAGCACCAUCCCUGCCUUAUUUGCCCAGAUCGUGACACUGCAUCCAGAUAAACCCGCUUUGAUCUAUGAGGCCACAGGAGAGGUUUGGAGUUUUAAGGAGCUGCAGGAGCGAUGCCAUGCUGUUGCUAAUUGGGCUCUAGAACAGGGCUGGGCUGAGGGUGAUGUUGUGGCUUUGUACAUGGAAAACCAGCCUUUAGUGGUAGCUUUAUGGCUGGGCCUGGCUAUGAUAGGUGUAGAGGCUGCUCUCAUCAACCACAACCUUCGACAACACUCACUGUUGCACAGCGUCAGUGUGUGUGGUGCUCGGGCAUUGGUAUUUGGAACAGAAACGGCGAAAGCGGUAUCAGAAGUGACUGACUCUUUGCAGCCCGGCGUGGUUUUGUUCAGCAGUGGUAAUGAGGAAGAUGAGGAGAAGCUUUGCAGCGCUCAGGUUCAGAGUUUGAAUGCCCUGCUGGCCCGUUCUCCCACACACCCGCCGGCCCACAAACUGAAGAAAGGAUUUAACAGCAGACUUUUCUACAUUUACACCUCUGGUACAACAGGAAUGCCAAAGGCAGCGAUAGUUGUGCACAGUCGGUACUUCCGAAUUACUGCCUUUGGUUUUCAUGCUUAUGGCAUAUGUCGUGAUGACAUAAUCUAUAACUGUCUUCCCCUCUAUCACUCUGCAGGUACCAUCAUGGGAGUAGGACAGUGUUUGCUGUUUGGUGUAACUGUUGUAAUCAGGAGGAAGUUCUCAGCUAGUCGUUUCUGGGACGACUGCGUCAAACAUAACUGCACUGUAAUUCAGUAUAUAGGUGAAAUCUGCCGUUAUCUGUUGGCCCAGCCUAUUCGUCCAUCUGAGACUCAUCACAAGGUUCGAGUUGCCAUCGGUAACGGCCUCCGUCCAUCUGUGUGGGAAGAGUUUGUCCAGAGAUUCAGAAUCCAACGAGUUGGGGAAUUUUAUGGUGCAACUGAAUGUAACUGCAGCCUGAUCAACAUUGAUGGAAAGGUAGGAUCGUGUGGCUUCAGUAGUCGCAUCAUGCCCAGCUUUUACCCCAUCAGACUAGUCAGGGUGAAGCAGGAUCAGCGAGAGUUGCUCAGGGAUUCACAAGGACUCUGUAUACCCUGUCUGCCUGGGGAACCGGGCAUGUUAGUGGGAUGCAUUAAUGACACCGAUCCGCUCAGAAGAUUUGACGGCUAUGCUGAUCAGGAUUCAACCAAUCAAAAAAUAGCUCACAAUGUAUUCAAGAUGGGAGACUCUGCUUAUAUCUCAGGUGAUGUGAUGGUGAUGGAUGAAUAUGGCUACAUAUAUUUCAAGGACCGCAGCGGAGACACAUUUCGAUGGCGGGGGGAGAAUGUUUCUACCACGGAGGUGGAGGGGGUCCUCAGUGGCCUGCUGGGGCAUGCUGAUGUAGCUGUCUAUGGGGUGUCUGUACCAGGUGUUGAAGGAAAAGCAGGUAUGGCAGCUAUAGCUCAUUCAGGAAGCCAUUUGGACCUUGAUGUAUUCUUGAUUGCUGUACAAAAAGCCCUUCCCUCCUAUGCACGGCCUGUCUUCCUGCGACUCAUGCCAUCUGUUGACACCACAGGUACUUUCAAAAUUCAGAAGGUUCGUCUGCAGAAGGAAGGAUAUAAACCACAAGACACGAAGGAACAGAUCUAUUUUCUAAACACUCGUGCUGGAUGUUAUGAGGCUGUUACUGAUGAACUAUAUAACGCCAUUACAAAGGGUAAAGUGUCACUAUGAGAGAAGAGGGAAAAAAUACAGACUGUGUGUCAAGACAACGUGCUUGUCAGAAAGUAUUCUCUUUGCAAAUAAAAUGAAAAAUGACUGCAUUGUGUUUUUGCAAUUAAAUUAGUGCUGGGCAACUAUUAAAAUUUUUAAUUGCAAU